GGACUCCGUAGUCGCCGCUCGGAGUCCGUCUGUCCGCGGAUUCCCGGCCCCGCCGUUCUCAGAUCUCUGUAGCCCGCGGUUCGCCGCCCCGCUCGCCGCCGCGAUGCCGGUGUUUCAUACGCGCACGAUUGAGAGCAUUCUGGAGCCGGUCGCGCAGCAGAUCUCGCACCUGGUGAUCAUGCACGAGGAAGGCGAGGUGGACGGCAAAGCCAUCCCUGACCUCACCGCGCCUGUGGCCGCCGUGCAGGCGGCCGUCAGUAACCUCGUUCGGGUUGGAAAAGAGACUGUUCAAACCACUGAGGAUCAGAUUUUGAAGAGAGAUAUGCCACCAGCAUUUAUUAAGGUGGAGAAUGCUUGCACCAAGCUUGUCCAGGCAGCCCAGAUGCUUCAGUCAGACCCUUACUCAGUGCCUGCUCGAGAUUAUCUAAUUGAUGGAUCAAGGGGCAUCCUCUCCGGCACAUCAGACCUGCUCCUCACCUUCGACGAGGCUGAGGUUCGUAAAAUUAUUAGAGUUUGCAAAGGAAUUUUGGAAUAUCUUACAGUGGCAGAGGUGGUGGAAACUAUGGAAGAUUUGGUCACUUACACAAAGAAUCUUGGACCAGGAAUGACUAAGAUGGCCAAGAUGAUUGAUGAGAGGCAGCAGGAACUGACUCACCAGGAGCACCGAGUGAUGUUGGUGAACUCAAUGAACACCGUGAAAGAGUUGCUGCCAGUUCUCAUUUCAGCUAUGAAGAUUUUUGUAACAACUAAAAACUCAAAAAACCAAGGAAUUGAAGAAGCUUUGAAAAAUCGUAAUUUUACUGUAGAAAAGAUGAGCGCUGAAAUUAAUGAGAUCAUUCGUGUAUUACAACUCACUUCUUGGGACGAAGAUGCCUGGGCCAGCAAGGACACUGAAGCCAUGAAGAGAGCGUUGGCCUCCAUAGACUCCAAACUGAACCAGGCUAAAGGUUGGCUCCGUGACCCCAGUGCCUCCCCAGGUGAUGCUGGUGAACAGGCCAUCAGGCAGAUCUUAGAUGAAGCUGGAAAAGUUGGUGAACUCUGUGCGGGCAAAGAACGCAGGGAGAUCCUGGGAACCUGCAAAAUGCUAGGGCAGAUGACUGAUCAAGUGGCUGACCUCCGAGCCAGAGGACAAGGAGCCUCACCGGUGGCCAUGCAGAAAGCCCAGCAGGUGUCUCAGGGUCUGGAUGUGCUCACAGCAAAAGUGGAAAAUGCAGCCCGCAAGCUGGAAGCCAUGACCAACUCAAAGCAGAGCAUUGCGAAGAAGAUUGAUGCUGCUCAGAAUUGGCUUGCAGAUCCAAAUGGUGGACCAGAAGGAGAAGAACAGAUUCGAGGGGCUUUGGCUGAAGCUCGGAAAAUAGCAGAAUUGUGUGAUGAUCCUAAAGAGAGAGAUGACAUUCUACGUUCUCUUGGAGAAAUAUCUGCUCUGACUUCUAAACUAGCAGAUCUACGAAGACAGGGAAAAGGAGAUUCCCCAGAGGCCCGAGCAUUGGCCAAACAGGUGGCCACGGCCCUACAGAACUUGCAGACCAAAACCAACAAGGCAGUGGCCAACAGCAGACCUGCCAAAGCAGCUGUCCACCUUGAGGGCAAGAUUGAGCAGGCACAGCGGUGGAUUGAUAAUCCCACAGUGGAUGACCGGGGAGUUGGUCAGGCUGCCAUCCGAGGGCUUGUGGCCGAAGGUCAUCGUCUGGCAAAUGUCAUGAUGGGGCCUUAUCGCCAAGAUCUUCUUGCAAAGUGUGACCGAGUGGACCAGCUGACGGCCCAGCUGGCUGACCUGGCUGCCAGAGGGGAAGGGGAGAGUCCUCAGGCGAGAGCCCUUGCAUCUCAGCUCCAAGAUUCUUUAAAGGAUCUGAAAGCCCGGAUGCAGGAGGCCAUGACUCAGGAGGUGUCAGAUGUUUUCAGUGAUACUACAACUCCCAUCAAGCUGUUGGCAGUGGCAGCCACUGCCCCUCCUGAUGCACCCAAUAGGGAAGAGGUAUUUGAUGAGAGGGCAGCUAACUUUGAAAACCAUUCAGGAAGGCUUGGAGCCACGGCAGAGAAGGCGGCUGCUGUUGGAACUGCUAAUAAAUCAACGGUGGAAGGCAUUCAGGCCUCAGUGAAGACAGCCCGAGAACUCACACCCCAGGUCGUCUCAGCGGCUCGCAUCUUACUUAGGAAUCCCGGAAAUCAAGCUGCUUAUGAACAUUUUGAGACCAUGAAGAACCAGUGGAUCGAUAAUGUUGAAAAAAUGACAGGGCUGGUGGACGAAGCCAUUGACACCAAAUCUCUGUUGGAUGCUUCCGAAGAAGCAAUUAAAAAAGACCUGGACAAGUGUAAAGUCGCCAUGGCCAAUAUUCAGCCUCAGAUGUUGGUCGCUGGGGCAACCAGCAUUGCUCGUCGGGCCAACCGGAUCCUGCUGGUUGCUAAGAGGGAGGUGGAGAACUCUGAGGAUCCCAAGUUCCGAGAGGCCGUGAAAGCCGCCUCUGAUGAAUUGAGCAAAACCAUCUCCCCAAUGGUGGUGGAUGCAAAGGCUGUGGCAGGAAACAUUUCUGACCCUGGCCUGCAAAAGAGCUUCCUGGACUCGGGAUACCGGAUCCUGGGAGCAGUGGCCAAGGUCAGAGAAGCCUUCCAACCUCAGGAGCCUGACUUCCCGCCUCCUCCGCCAGACCUUGAACAGCUCCGACUGACAGAUGAGCUUGCUCCUCCCAAACCACCUCUGCCUGAGGGUGAGGUCCCUCCUCCCAGGCCCCCACCACCAGAGGAGAAGGAUGAAGAGUUCCCUGAGCAGAAAGCUGGGGAGGUGAUUAACCAGCCAAUGAUGAUGGCUGCCAGGCAGCUCCAUGAUGAAGCUCGCAAAUGGUCCAGUAAGCCGGGUAACCCAGCCGCUAAGGUGGGUAUAAGUGCUGUAGCUGAGGCAGAUGCGGCUGACGCUGUUGGGUCCCCUGUCCCCCCUGACAUGGAAGACGAUUACGAACCUGAGCUGCUGUUAAUGCCAUCCAGUCAGCCGGUCAACCAGCCCAUUCUGGCAGCGGCUCAGUCAUUGCAUCGGGAAGCUACCAAGUGGUCUAGUAAGGGCAAUGACAUCAUUGCAGCAGCCAAGCGCAUGGCUCUGCUGAUGGCUGAGAUGUCUCGGCUGGUCAGAGGGGGCAGCGGUACCAAGCGGGCACUGAUUCAGUGUGCCAAGGACAUAGCCAAGGCCUCAGAUGAGGUGACUCGGUUGGCCAAGGAGGUUGCCAAGCAGUGCACAGAUAAGCGGAUUAGAACCAACCUCUUACAGGUAUGUGAACGAAUCCCAACCAUAAGCACCCAGCUCAAAAUCCUGUCCACGGUGAAGGCCACCAUGCUGGGCCGGACCAACAUAAGCGACGAGGAGUCUGAGCAGGCCACAGAGAUGCUGGUUCACAAUGCCCAGAACCUCAUGCAGUCUGUGAAGGAGACUGUUCGAGAAGCAGAAGCAGCUUCAAUCAAAAUUCGAACAGAUGCUGGAUUUACACUGCGCUGGGUUAGAAAGACUCCCUGGUACCAGUAGACACCUGGUUGAACCUGGCUAACACAGAAGCCCCUGCUGAACAGAAUGAAAAUGAUCGGAGUCCCAGGAGCCACCCAAGAUUACUGGGGGGUUGAAAGCCACAUCUUGGCCUGACAUAACAGAAAGGAAUGGGGCCUCUUCACAUUAGAAAACAUUUAUACUCUUGUCAUGGACACUUUGAAAUGUGUCUCCUUAUAAAGCCUGUAUUCUCGACCACGGCUUUACUUGUGCACACUCUGUCCCAAUAGGCAGACGGGGUUUCUAGCCCAUGGACUUCACAUAAACUCAGAAUCCAAGAGUGAACACUAGCCAGACAUCCUGUUCUGCGCUUGUUCCCUAAAGGACAGUUCCCUUUCUGCCCCCGUCUCCCCAUUCUUUCCGCCAGGCUCCCAAGACCCAGGGCCCAGGCAAAUCAGUUAAGGAAAUCACUGUGCCUCCAAAAUUUUUUGGGCUUUCCAUGUUGCUGCUGACCCUGCCUGCCUUCCCUGGCUGUGCUACCUUGGUCCUUUUCAGGAGUGACCUUCACUGUUGCAGGGGAAGGUGGCCUCUGGGGAGCCCCAGCAUGUGGGGCCUGGAUUCACUUCCUGCCCUUCCCCAAUUUAAUCCUUCUAGUUUCCCACAGUACAAAACCAAAUUUCACUUUGUCAGGAGGAAAUCACCAAAUCAUGUGAUUCUGUCUUUACCUCUUUCCAGAGCAAUGUCUGUGCUAGGGAAACCUUCCGUCCCAUAUCCUGCCUCGGCCUGCCAAGGUAGCCAUCCCAAGAACACACUGUGUGUCCUGGUGCUCUCUGCCACUGGAGAGGCAGAGUGGCCGGGGCGUGGCCCUGCCCAUCCUCCCAGCAGGGCCACUCCCAGGCACUCCACGCUUUGUCACUGCCUGCAGAGAUCUAUGCUGAGGCCUUAUCAUUCAUUCUUAGCUCUUAUUGUUCUUUCUGAGCUGAAAUGCUGCAUUUAAUUUUUAACCAAAUGAUGUCUCCUGUCCUGGCUUUUGUAUUCUUCCCACACCCUUCCUAAACAAGGUUUUAAAGAUAUAUGUUUGUUCUAUAAUUUUGAAAGAUCGUUUUUAUCCUUUUGAAAUUCAGUCCUAAGAAUUGGUGCUUGUCCCCAGGAGUGUCUAAUGGAAAGGCAGUCCUGUCUGAAGGACACUGCCUACCUAAGGGAGGUGGUACUUGCAGACUGGAAUUCUGGCACUGCUGGGGAUGAAUCGAUGGGAAACAGUCCUCAGUGAUUCCUACCUCCCUCAGCCAACAACAGCCAAGCCCCUUGCAUCCUACCCUCCCUCCUUAAGUACAGUUGUUCAAAAGAGUAAUGGGUAUAAUAUUUAAUUAUCACCAUAGUAAGUUUCCUAUUAGCAAAGUGAGAGAAGGCAAUUUUUCCUUUCUUGUACUUACCACUGCUGUCUAAGCAUUCCCCAGCACAUGAAACUAUACUUCUUCCCAAAGCCAGAACUGGAUGAGUAAAGGAGUAAGAACCCUUGCCUGAAUGUCCUCCCCACCUCCAGUGUGUGUUAGACCCUAACAUCGAAUGUGUAAAACUUAAGUUGGUACUGUACACUCAGGCUUCCUCUGUUUUCUUUUAACUGAUGAUUAUUUUCAAGGCCCUCAGCAUCCUUGUAUAGUUGCUUACCUGAUAUAAAUGCAAUAUUAAUGCCUUUAAAGCAUGAAUCUAUGCCAAAGAUCACCUUUUGUUUUACUAAAGACUACUUAGAGGAAGUAAGAAAAAUCAUGUUUGCUCUCCAAGUUCUUCCAGUGUUUUGAGACACUGGUUUACACUUUAUGCCAAUGUGCUUUUCUCUAAUAUCAGUGCUCAAGACACAGUGAAGCAAAUUAAAAAAAAAAAAAAA